UAUACAUAUAUAAUUUAUGUAUGUAUAUAUAUGUAUACAUAUAUAUAUAUAAAAUAUACGAUAUUCUAUUGUUUUCUAGAGACUACAAACUGCUGUGUUAAGUAGAUGAAGUUUAUUGUCAUUACUGUAUUGUAAUACAGUAAUGAUGUAAACUUUACUACACGUGUUUUUGUACAUAAAAAAAUAUAAUUGCCACAAAUUAGUGUGCCUGCUUGACAUUCCUGCGUCACAUUCCGACAGUAAGGAGGUACAUUGAUGUAAAGAACUUCAUGAUGUUUGCAGAUGCACAAACUUGAUAUGUUUCUGUUGACAGCCUUUAUGUACAUAAAGAGAAAUACUUGUGUCAUGUAUUUAUUAAACAGCUGGAGAAGGAACAGCGAUACCACUCGUUUCAUUUACACCCUUCUUUCUUUCCACUACUUCUCCACAUUUUUAUCACCAUUUCAACCAUCCUGCCAACAAACAGUCAGUCAGACUAUUUUUUUCAUACAACAGAAUUCACGGUUUCUCAAAAAGUGUUAUUACUUCCACAUUGCUAGACAUACAUAAUACUAAUUGAACAAUAUUGCAGUGUCAAUAUGAACAAGUAUCAAUAAUUAUAUUUGCAUAUUACUUGCACAUACAAAGUCUCCAUGACAGAAGCGUAUUAAAAGGUAUCCAGUAACAAACGUGUCCGCAUCACUCAACUUUAUGCGUCAUGAGCUAAACUUAAUGAAUGUGGCCAAUAGGUGUCAAAUUAAACACUUUUCAACCUAAAGACAGCAAUAGUGUUUUUGUUUUUUUUCUAACUACCAUUGUUCUCUGUUUGACUGAUUUCGCUGGAUCAAACAUUUUCUAACAUUCCACACAACAACAUGAUUGACACAGGGAUCUCUGGGCGAGGUGACCGUACUUGGACCAGCCGGUACUUUACCUGACAGCCCACCCUGGAACAACCUCCACCUGCUCCUCCGCUCACCUGCUUGUUUACCCGCCGGCUACUUGUCCAUUUGCGAUUUCCGGACACAGCCUUUGCUGAGAGAAAAUGCAGCAGGCAGAAACCCAUCAAACGACUCCGAUGUCUGACACUGAGAUACUGGACCCGGAAGUGGGGUACAUACGCAGGAGGAGGACAGCUCUGUGGGUGACGGUGGCUCUGCUGGCUCUGUCGCUGGUGGUGUUGGCCGUGGGUUUGAUCUCCGCCACCCGCACCGACAACGUGGCGGUGGCCGGAUACUACCCAGGGAUUACACUGAGUUUCGGGGCAUUCCUCGGCAUCGUCGGCAUCCAUCUGGUGGAAAACCGACGGCCAAUGCUCAUGGCUGCCAUCAUCUUCAUCAGCAUCGGCGUCAUCGCGUCCUUCUUCUGCGCCAUUGUGGACGGGAUCAUCGCCUCAGAGUUCCUUGACAUAAGACCCUUGCAGGAGGACAUGUGUGACUUCUACGCCAGUGGUUCUGGAUAUGCUUAUGACACCUACUAUACUGAGGUGACGUGUCACUCCUUCGACAAGGCGUGCAAGCUGAAGCUGAGGAGCAACACCUGCUACUGCUGCUACCUGUACAACUGCGACAGCACGGAGUACCGCGCCAAGUACUUCGAGUUCACGGGGGUGAGCAGCUGCUGGGACGUGAUCCACCUCCAUCGCCUGCUGUGGGCCUCCGUGGUCCUCAACGUGCUCGGCCUCUUCCUCGGCAUCAUCGCCGCCGCCAUCCUGGGAGCCUACAAGGACAUGCAGAAGCCUCUUCCACCGGUGGCCCCGAGCCCGGCGCCGCCGCCCCACAUCCUGUACAACCCCACCCAGCACAUGCUCACCUACGCCGGCUUCUGUCCGGCGGGACAGAACCUCCCUGCUUACCCCAACUACCCGGUGCAGCCAAACGGCGGCUUCCAGGGUCCCGCCACCCCACAGAUGAUCCCGGAGGCGGGUCUUCCCGCCACUUCCUGUCCGUCCGAGGAGACCCACAGCCAGCCGCCCUCGCAGGGCGUCCCCCAGCAGCAGGGAGGCGCCCAGGACCCAGGGGGCUUCAUGCUCACACCCAACGCCCCGGUCCUCUAUGGAUCCUCCCAGAGCCCCUUCGAGAAACCCCCGCCAUACGCCUACUGAGGCCUCGGCCCAAACGUGGUCGUCUACGUGAAGCAGAUGGUGUUUAUGUAGAUUAUUUGACAUUCCUUAGUAUUUAGUGUGUUCAAAAACACUUUUGAGAGUGCGGGUGAUCAUGGGCAUUGUUACCAUGACGAUCAACGCACAGCGACAAAGGGCUUUCAACAGGAAGAUGAAAUAUCGCCAAUGUGGCCGCCGUAUUGUGUCGCCACGACGGCGAUGUCGUCACCGGCGGCAGGAAGUAUGUUCAGAUAGCAAUAUGUUCCAGGGAAAUGCACGCAUCGCUCACGAUCCUCAUGUAGGACGAGAACACCUGUUUGUAUGCAUUCUAAAUCGUAAAAUACGGCAAGUAAGAGGUGGCUAACAAUGCUGAUAACAGCAGUGUUUAAAAAAACGCCUAAAAAGCGCCGACAAUACCCCAUUUACAUGUCGUGACCUAAAUGAUAAAGUAUUAUUGUUAUAAGUGCUACCGCAGAGGAACUACUUUUAGCGGCGCCGUGAUCACAGAGCGCUAACUAGCUUACGGUCCUAUUUGGUCGCCUCUGAGUUUGGUUAAAUCAUGCCUCUCACCUGGAUAGCUGAAGGUUGUGGACAUAAACCGAGAACUUGGUCAACUUUGGCAUCCAACUCCGACCAGGAAGUUGCGAGAAAGACCCCAAAAAAACGCUUGUUCGCAGCACUUAAAAAAAAAAAAAAGUUUAACAAUGUGUGAGGAUUAUGAUUGUUCUUCAUCUGAACGGGAAGAUAUAAACGUCCCGUCAGUCGCAAUCCCAGUGAGAGCAGACAUUGUGCAGUAAGUGAUUGUUUUAUAAAAUCAAUAAAUACAAUAUUAAUAUGUAUAAAUUAGGGAUGUGAAUAUUUUAGUACAUAUUUAUAAGGAACUCGGUCUAACAAAGUGCCUG